GAUUAGAGGCGUGCAAAUGGGCAGGUUUGAGCUUGUGUUUGGCAAUCCCGAGACGUGGGUGCUGACUUCAGCAUGGCGAGACAUGUUGAAAACAGAUGUUUACCAGCAAAAUCUCCUUGGAAUCGUGGUCGACGAGGCACAUAAGACACCUGCUUGGGGUGAAGCUGUUGCAAGAGGAGGAGAGCCAUUCCGGAAGUGUUUUGCCAGGGUGUCAGAGCUCCGAUCUCUAUGCAGUCAAGGGACUCCUGUCUUGGCCCUGACUGCAUCUGCAGACCUUAAGACACGGAAGGAUAUCGUCCGCCUCCUAGGAAUGAGCUCGGAAACCACUUAUGUAGAGGCAAGGUUGGAUAGAACAAACAUAAGACUAAGCGCUGUGCGUGUGAAGUCAACAGACUUAACCUGCCUUGAUUGGGUUGUUUCUGGGUUGAAGACACAUGGUACUUCAUUUGACAAAGUGAUCAUCUACUGUAGAAGUUUCCCGGCUGUUGGGGCUAUUUACAAACAUCUAGUGAGACAGGUUGGUGAUCAAGCUUAUGUUGGCACAAAGCGCUCUGACCACUGUCUUGUUGCAAUUUAUCAAAGUGAAACUCAUGAAGAGAAGAAAGAACAUGUAAUGAGCUCCUUUGUUUUGUCAUGCUCAGUAGCCCGUGUUAUAGUUGCAACAACUGCACUGAGCAUGGGUAUCAACUUUCCUGAUGUUAGGUAUAUUGUAAUGUAUGAACCUCCAGCAAACAUGGAGGACCUGCUACAGCAACUGGGGAGGGCAGGUAGAACAGGACAGCAGUCUCAUGCUGUCGUUUAUACUUAUUCUGUACAGCGGUGUGACAAACAGGUAGCACAGUAUGUCCGGACUGACAAGUGCUUGCGCACCACUCUGUAUCACAGGUUUGAAAGAGAACCAACAACAAAGCCUUUCAGUCCAGGACAUCUAUGCUGCUCUGUUUGUCACCGCUCGUGUACAUGUGGUAGUGGCUCAGAUUGCAAGGAGCCCGUCCCAGUUUCUGACUCUGUAGGGGGCGUUAAGACAGAACAACGUUGGUUGACAAGAAGUGUUGACCAGCGCCAAAAAGAUGUACUGAGGGAGGCACUCUAUGAGUACCGAGACUCUUUGGUCCAAGAGAAGAAAUUGCUUGUGUCGGUAGAUCUAACCACAGGGUUUACAUUGGACCUCAUAGAAAGUGUGGUAGAAGAGUGCCCUUACAUAUAUGACGCAAAGUAUGUAUACGAUAACAUUGAGUCAGUUUGCACAACCGACCUGGCCAGAAUUAUUGCAGACAUUGUAAAGAAAGUUUUUGAUGAUGGUUCAGACAUAGAUACUAUGAUUGACUACAUCCAACAGGAGUUUGUGAAAAAUACUCAGGUUUCCACUGGACAUGAACAGCUUGUAACAUCUAGUAGUGGCAGUAGUUCAGAAAAUGACAGUGAUGAUGAUGACAUUGUUGAUGAUGAUGAUGACAGUGGCGAUGAUGAUGAUGACAGUGGCGAUGAUGAUGAUGACAGUGGCAAUGAUUAUGAUGACAGUGGCGAUGAUUAUGAUGAUGAUGAUGAUGAAGAUGAUGAAGAAGAGUUAGUUGUGUAAAAGAAUAACAGAAUCAGAUUUAUAUGUCUCAAAACUAAUGUUUUAUUGAUCUAUGUACACCAGGCAAAGCAAUCUAAACACUUCUUGGUUAACAUUAGCUUACAGAGACUCCCAUGUGCAUUGUUUAUAUUCACCAUUGAAAAAUACAAUGCAGUUUACAAACAAGCCUUGCGCAAUAUAUCACUGCCAUGCGAAAAAAACUAUAAUUAUUCCAUGUCAUUACGACCUUGUUAACAACUUCCAUUUUCUCAAUAAUUUCCUAUGUUACAUAUGUUACAAAUCGGCUACAUAACUUACAUUGUUUCCCAUGUUCAUAUCUUAUAUUCACCUUCAAAAUACAAUGUAGGCUAACAAGUUCACUGCCUCAAGCAAUACUGUAUCAAUACCUUUUGCACAAAUUGCAAUUACAUGUCAGUAUUUGAAGAGCAACAAGUUCCUAGGAAAGAUUCCAUGUACAGAAGUAUCCUUUUCAUGUCGGCUAAACUAUAGAACAUAGUUACAGUAAUAUGUUGUAUAAUUCCUACAAAGAACUUUUAUUUACAUGUAUGACAUGAUAUGGCGAAAGUCCAUAUUGAGUGAAUACUGAAUAGUUAUUACAUUUUUGUAUUAGCUAUUACCUUUUGUGCCUGGAAGAUGGCAUGCAAUUUCAAAGUAACAUAGUUCUUUCAUCAUUUUACUUCUACUUUUAUGUUCCCUUCAGGUAAAUAAACUGUUUGAAUGAUC